GAGAUUUGGUGAAAGACUCCAAUGUUGGCCAUAAAAUAAUGAAGUGCAAGAAUAUUCCGGCUGAGUUCCAUCGUGAAAGAGUUGGCGUUGCAUCUAGUGCAGAUGCUCGAUUCACCCAUAACAAGAUCGAAGAAUGGAUUGAUAAUCUUGAUAUUCAUGCUUAUGGCAGGCUCUCUCUUGAAAUAGUAGAUGCUCCUCCAGUGCUCUAUUUGGAUUUUCUAUCAAUACUAAGCUUGAAGUUGAACUGGUUUGUCGCCGCUUCAACGGAACUUGCUAUUAUACCACACAACCAAGAAUAUCACCAUCUAUUUCACUUGACUAUUCCGUAUGGAUUGGUGAUUUAUACACUUUGACUGUUCUGUACUGUAUGGAAUUUGAGUAUUCAUAAGAAUGCCUUGUCUUAUACUCCCUCCUGAAGUCUCCAAGACGAAAUCUUAAAAAAAAUCUAGUCUAUACACCAGGCUCCAUCAUAGAUUACUUCUGCUCAGACUUGGAUCACCAUGCUAUAAUAAGUCAAUUGAUAACAUCUCCGAUAUGUCAAUAAUCCUCAUUUUAUAGUAAACCCUUGAGAUCGAAGUGCUAGAUGAAUUACUUGAAAAGGUGACGGUCAACCCGAAUUUAUGUUUCUUGAAUUAUCUUUGUUCGGUUGUGAAUCACCCAGAAUUGUGCAUGGGUUUUUGCCAGAUCAAUGCGAAUGAAGUUUACCAUAAAAAUAUUUUAAGGGACGGUUUCCGAGCUCGGGAUUUAGCUAAGUUCUAGACUUUAAACAGCUGGAGUCAGAAAACUGGUUUUCCGAAACGGGGCCUCGUCGUAGU